ACCUCAUGCCCUUUUUCUUGUCGUUGCACAGUGGUUUGAGCCAUCGCAGUUUGGGACGUGGUGGUCAGUCCUGUCUACAAGCAUGAACUUGGCUGGAGGCUUAGGCCCUGUCGUCGCCGCUCUUGCAUCUCUGAACUACGACUGGCGUGUGACUCUGUCCUGCUCCGGCUUCAUCUGCGUGGUUGCCUCUUUCCUUUGCCUAGCCCUGAUUAAAAAUGAGCCAUCGGAUGUUGGGCUGCCCAACAUUGACCAAGGAGCCAAGAAAGGGAAGAAAGGUUCCUCCAGUGACAACAGCACUUUGACAGAGCUGCUGCUCUCGCCGUACCUCUGGGUGCUCUCAACAGGCUACCUGGUCGUUUUUGGAGUGAAAACGUGCUGUACCGACUGGGGACAGCUCUUCCUGAUCCAGGAGAGGGGACAAUCCGUGCUUGUGGGUAGUUCCUACAUGAGUGCCUUGGAGAUCGGCGGUCUGGUGGGAAGCAUUGCUGCUGGAUAUCUUUCUGACAGAGCAGUAGCAAGAGUGGGUCUGUCGAGCUACGGGAACCCCCGGCACGCGCUCCUGCUUUCCAUGAUGGCCGGGAUGUGCGUGUCCAUGUUUCUCUUCCGAGUCACGGUCACCAGCGAGUCUCCCAAGGAAAAUCACUUCUGGACUGUAGCCUUGCAACCUCUAGCUGACCUUACAGGCCUAAAGGAACACGAGCUGUGGAUCCUGACUCUGGGAGCUGUGUUCGGGUUCUCCUCGUACGGGCCGAUCGCCCUGUUCGGGGUUAUUGCCAACGAAAGCGCCCCCGCCAACCUGUGCGGCACCUCCCAUGCCAUAGUGGCCCUCAUGGCCAACGUUGGGGGGUUUCUGGCUGGACUACCCUUCAGUACCAUUGCCAAGCACUACAGCUGGGCCACAGCCUUCUGGGUAGCCGAAAUCACCUGCACUGGCAGCACAGUGGCUUUCUUCUUACUGCGCAACAUCCGCACCAAGAUGGGCCGGAUUCCCAGGAAAGCUGACUGAGGAUAAGCUGCUUGGUGAAAAGGAGGCUCCCUCACCGACGGGAACGAUGCUCGGAUUUUUGUUUAACUGGAGUGAGUUUAUCUAUUGCUGCAACCUAGAUAAAAAUCUCAAUUUCUCAUUCACUGUCAGUUGCCAGAGGGCACAAGGUUCCUGCUGCUGAUCACUUUUUCCCUCGAGAUGUGAUAAUUCAGGUAGUUUACACUGGC